UCUUGCGAGGGUAUUUAUGUCCUAUCGUCGUUUGGGUUCAUCUCUUCUUCUUGUCUCGCCCUCAUUUCAGUCUCUAGGGUUUACAGCCUUAAACGACUGCGACGAAGAAGAUUGAUCAACAAUGGGUGACAAGAAGAAGAAGACUUUCAUGUUCAUCCGACUUGUGUCAGCUGCUGGGACUGGCUUCUUCUAUGUCAAGAGGAAGAGUUCUAAGGGAGUUUUGGAUAAGCUUGAGUUUCGCAAAUAUGAUCCUCGUGUGAAUCGCCAUGUUCUGUUUACAGAGGCGAAAAUGAAGUGAUUGGGGCCAUUCUGUAUUGUCAUAUUUUUUUUAUCGUUCAGUUGAUUGGAUCAGCUACACAGUUUCGAUUUAGCAUAAAUAUAUUGGAUUGGCAUGGAGCUGAAUAACUUUAUCUUCUCUUUUUUCCUUUUUUACUCUUGUACGGUUAUGACCUUCUGGUUAGGCUAUCUUCUUGAGCUUUAGUAGAUUGCAAGAAACCUUGAGUUCUCUGAAAUCUAAUACUGUUCUGCUCUGAAAUUCCUUUUGAUCUUUUCA